CGGUCUCAUUCGAGAGGGGGAGUAGCAGUGAUGGACAAGAAAGGAGAUGAUCCGCGUCUUACAUUGGAGGCGGUACGUGAACUGAUAACGAAAGAUGAACCGAACGUGAAGAUCAGCAGUGUAGAGGAAGAACAUGGGUCGGGCAGAGGUGACAAUUACACGUCUAUGCUCUACCGCAUUCGGGCGAAAGGGCAACAGCAGAGGGAUGGUAGAACCGACGAUUGGAUAAAUUACGAAUGCGCGAUCAUUUAUAAAGUUUUGCCCCAAUCGAGGGAACACCGGGAGGCGUUUAAAAGUGAACUACUCUUUCGCAACGAGGUGGCAUUCUAUACAUACGUGUGGCCUGCACUGAACAACUUGCAAAUAAACAAUAGAAAUGUGUUCAACGGUGUUGCCAAAAUAUACGCAGCGCGAGACGAUCUUAUCGCCAUGGAGGAUCUACGAGAAAGGGGCUUUAAAAUGGCAGAUAGAAGGAAGGGGCUUCAGCUUGAUCAUUUGAAGCGCGCCUUGAAAGCGUUGGCCGGCUUUCACGCGCUCAGUUUGACGCUCCGAGAAACAAGGUCGGAAGAGUUUGCAAGACUGGCCGACCCGGACGGGGGUCAAGGCGUACGGGAGGUGUUUUUCCGAACAGAGAACGAAGAUUGGUAUCGGCAAUAUUAUCGAGAAGCUGCGAAGAACGCCAUCGAAAUGGUAUCGAAGGGUCUUCCUUCCAGCAUGGAGCACAAAAGAACAGAGAUAAUGGAGAAAUUGCAAGCGUUCCUCCACGAGGACGUAUUUUUCCGUACAAUGACCGAAGUCGCUGCAGUUAGAGGGCCUCUCACUGUCUUUUGUCACGGCGACUGUUGGACUAAUAAUAUUCUUUUUAAAGACGACGCCCAGCCAAACGAGGAGGACGUCUGUUUGGUUGAUUUUCAACUAACCAGGGUUGGCUCGCUCGCUCUUGACCUCGUUAACUUUCUGUACUGCUGCACGAGCGGCGAGAUCAGACGGGCUCACAUGACACAGCUUCUUCAGCAUUAUCAUUUCCACUUGAUGUCCUCGUUGCGCGUCCUCAGCCCGGAGCAUCCAGCGAAAGAUCCGUCUGUUAUGUGGGAACUAUUAAACGAGGAGAUACGACGGUGCGGACGCUUCGGAAUAGGUAUCGCGUUGGAUAUUCUACCGAUCAGCACGUGCGAGAGCGAGGAAGCGCCGGACAUGUACGAGAAACCGGAGACGAGCAAAAAAGAACAGACGAUACGAGCACCGCCUCGCGGAGGAGCCGAGUGCACGCGACUGAUGACUGACUUAGUUUUGGAACUCGUGAACCAUCACGCGCUGUAACUCGAGCAUUAACAGAUAUCCCCGAGUAACCGGAGUACAUUCUUCUUUACGGUUUGCCGAAGUAAAUCAAUGGUGAGACUGUACAAUUUCACGCGUAGGCGAGUCUAAUCAAGAAAGAAUCGGUCACGCGACCGAUCAACGUUAAACAGUUUAAACAGCUGCGUACGAGCGGAUGUAUGGAAGUGUGCCCGAGAAUAUUUCUACUCGAACCAGGUUUCUCUGAGAACCUACGGCUAGCGCCGUAGGAAAUUUUCAAACGAUCCUGGACCACGACGAAUGAACAUGGACUGAAGCAAAGAAUUAUUACUCUGUAUCGCAGAAAUA